UGUGUUCGCGAAACGACGUACUAUACUGUUUUCGUGGAAAUUUCCUGCGAAUAAAAAUAAAUUUCGGUUACUUUGAAGAGAAUUAGACUGGCAUGGCUAUAAAAUAAGAAAUUGAGUGUUUUCGUCGCGCAAUUAUAAUUUUUGCAGCCUAUACGAGCGCUGGGUUAAAAUAAAAAAUAUAAAAAAGAAAAGAAAAACUCGGCGCAUCGCGAACUUUUAAAUUAAUAUUGAAUUAAACAGGAAGUUUCGAUUAAGGGCAUUUUAAUUUUUUAUUACAUUAAACACUUAUCAUCCUUACUCAUAUUUCCAAACAUCUCGGGGGGUUUCAAAGUUUCGAUAUUUAGCUGUGGGUUCGUAGAUAUUAUGGUAAUAAGUAAUAUCAUCAAGUGGACAGGACACCUCGUCGUGUAAACGAUAGCAAUGACAUGGUGUAUUCCAUUCAGCAUACUCGAACAUAUAAAAAUGUCCAUUCAGAAAAUCAAGAAGAAAAAAAAUCAACUAUGCGAUUUUGUUAGUUGGUGUUGGUCAGUUCUCCGAAGUAACGAUAGUAAAAAAAAUUCCCUUGUACGAAUAGCAAUGGUGUCAAAAACACGUACAUGUAUUUUUCCUGCCAAGUACGAGUAGGUGCUUCGUAUAGUGUGAAGUAUAGUCUUUGUAAAAAAAUAUGAGUGACUCCGAUGCAGGUUAUAGCGCGAGUGUAAGGCGUAUCAAUUGUACCUUACCAGCCGUCGAUGACUUUCCUCCGGAUAUAUUUACGCCGGAGGAGAGGCUCAAAGGAGCUAUAGCUUUUCACAUCUGCGCAUCCCUUUACCUAUUUGUAGCCUUAGCUGUAGUUUGUGACAAAUACUUUGUUCCUGCUGUAGAAAAAAUAUGCAAAGCUUUAAAUAUGUCAAACGAUGUGGCCGGAGCCACGUUCAUGGCUGCGGCAACUUCGGCUCCAGAAUUAUUCGUAAAUGUGAUCGGAACUUUCAUUACGGAAGGUGAUAUCGGUGUAGGCACGAUUGUAGGAAGCGCCGUUUUUAAUAUUUUAGCUAUCGCUGCCUGUUGCGGUUUAUGUGCGAUUACGGUAGUGCCUUUACACUGGUGGCCUCUGACUAGAGAUUGUGUCGCUUAUGGUAUCACGGUCACCAUACUAAUUUGUAUUAUUCACGAUGAAAUCGUUCAGUGGUCAGAAGCGUUGUUAUUGGUGUCGUUGUAUUUUGUUUAUAUUGCGGUGAUGUAUUGGGACAAGAAAAUCCAGAGAUUUAUUUGCGGUGACUUGAAAGACGAUGAAAAAAAAUCCAACGAUCUGAAACCUAAAAAUGAACAUAAUCUAGAAUCUUGUGAAAAACAGCCAGCCAAAGAUAUUGAUUCUACGCAAACUAAUCCACAACAAAAUGGAACUAUUGUCAACACUUGUUCCAACGAAGAUACAGAGGAAAGUGAUGGAAUUUUAGGAUUACUUGGGUAUCCAGCCAAACCCACGUGGUUCAAGAUAUGCGUAUGGGUGUUGAUUUUACCCAUUCAUAUCGUCUUUCUUUUCACCAUACCUGACUGUACUCACAAAAAGUUCAAAAAUUGGUUCCCGUUGACUUUCAUCAUGUGUAUCGUGUGGAUUGGAAGUUUAUCUUACGUUGUUGCCUGGAUGAUUACAAUAAUAGGUGAUACAUUGAAAAUUCCCGAUUCUGUGAUGGGUAUCACAUUUCUAGCUGCUGGAACCAGUGUACCAGAAGCUGUUUCUAGUGUGAUAGUCGCUAAACAAGGACAUGGAAGUAUGGGAAUUAGUAACUCAUUAGGAUCGAAUACAUUCGACAUAUUGUUAUGUUUGGGUUUACCAUGGCUCAUAAAAACGGCUAGUCCUGGUCCUCAUGUAGUCAGUAUUAAUUCCAGAGGAUUGGAGUACAGCGCCAUUUCACUGUUAUCAACUUUACUACUUCUCUACUGCGCAUUCGCUGUAAAUAAAUUCAAACUUGAUAAAAAGGUUGGAUACGCGUGCUUGUUAAUGUACAUCAUAUUUUUGGUACUCGCUACAUUGAUCGAAUUAAACGUAUUCUUCGAAGUCAAUUUACCUACGUGUCCAGAUUGAAACGUCCCAUUGUACAAAAUAACUUAAUUUGAAUAAUCUUUUUUUUAUUUUGUCGUUCGUAAGAUUUAAAGUCGUGUUUUAUUAAUAUUAACUAUUUAGAACACUUUAUCAUCAGUUAGCUGGUCUCUUUUUUAUUCAAUUCGAGUUUACAAAAAAAAAUGUUAUUUAUGAUGCUGAGUUUUUGUAGAAAUAUUACAUUAGUUUGUUUUCGUAUACGUAAUGGUUAUUUUUACGUAUGUACCUAUCUAUUAAGUAAAUUCAUGAUAUAGUGAUAAUAGAUAAGCGAAUGUAAAAAAAAUUACAAAAUAUUUAAAUGAGCGUGAAAUAAAAACGAGGAAAAUUUUUUAAA